AUGGAAUUGAGUACUAGCUCAGUACUGAGCUUAACUGAUUUUUUUAUUUCAGAGAAUAAAAAACCAUGCCUUCAAUUCUCUGACCUAAGUAUAAAGGAUUCCUUCAGAGAUUUAUUUAAUCCCAAAAUGCAGAUGUUUCUGCUAAUGUAUACAAGGAACAACCUAAACUGUGCUGAGGCCCUGUUUGAGCAGGAUGAUUCACUUAACGUUAAUUUCAACACAAGUAAGAAAACAAUCUGGCUGAUUCAUGGAUACAGACCAAUGGGCUCCGUUCCAUCCUGGCUUCAGAAACUUCUAAGGGUUUUGCUGAAUCAAGACGAUAUGAACAUAGUUGUAGUAGACUGGAACCGUGGUGCUACAACUUUUAUUUACGAUAGAGCAGUUAACAAUGCCAGAAAAGUUGCUGUGAGUUUGAGCGAGUGCAUUCAGAGGCUUUUGAAGCAUGGAGCAUCUCUUGAUAAUUUUCAUUUCAUAGGUAUGAGCCUAGGGGCUCAUAUUAGUGGAUAUGUUGGAAAGCUAUUUCGAGGUCAACUUGGAAGAAUAACAGGUCUUGACCCUGCUGGGCCAAAAUUCUGUGGAAAACCAUCAAAUGGCAGAUUAGAUUACACGGAUGCAAAGUUUGUGGAUGUCAUCCACUCUGAUACCGAUGGUUUAGGCAUUAAAGAACCCUUGGGACAUAUAGAUUUUUAUCCAAAUGGAGGAAAAAAGCAGCCUGGCUGUCCUAAAUCAAUAUUUUCAGGAAUCAAAUUUAUUAAAUGCGACCACCAGAGAGCAGUUCACUUGUUCUUGGCAGCUCUGGAGACAAACUGCAAUUUUAUUUCAUUUCCUUGUCAUUCAUACAAAGAUUACAAGACUGGUUCAUGUGUGGAUUGUGAUGACUUUGAGAAAAAAUCAUGCCCUAGGCUAGGUUAUCAAGCUGAGCUAUGGAAAGAUAUUUUAAAAGAAAGAAGAAAAAGAUCUCUUAGGACCACUGUGUUUUUGGAUACUACUGGCACAAAUCCAUUCUGUACCUAUUAUUUUGUACUCAGUAUCGUUUUGGAUGACACUAUGAAGGACGGCAUUAUUACGUUUAGAUUAUUAAGUCAGCUUGGAAGAGUUGAAGAACCAAAGCUCUAUGCGAAUAAUAAAUCACUUCAUAAAGUUCGAGAAGUCAAGAUUCUUGCUCAGUUUUUAAAUGAUGUUGUAAAUAUCUCAAGCAUCGGUUUGGCAUAUUAUCAAAGCUCAAAUCAUCAGUGUUCCACAUGCCAAUAUAGAAUCCAGCGUCUCAUGUUAAAAUCCCUUACAUAUCCAGAGAGACCUCCACUCUGUAGGUAUGACUUCGUACUUGAAGAAAACAAAGAAGUAUUUCUCAAUCUAUGUACUUGCAAACCAGAGGAAAUAUGA